AUGUUACAGGCUGUGUUCCGUAAAGCCAAGGCGUUAGGUAUAGUAACGCGUAUUGAAAACGACAAAAAUGGUCAGCUUUUAUUACGAAAGUAUUACGCUUUGCCGCUUUUACCUGCCGAAAUGAUUGCAGGCAUAUUACCAGCUUUAGAAGAGGACGCCGGCUUAGCAAAAGUAUUUGGGGACCUCCUUAAGUAUGUAAAAAAUUUCUGGAUAGGUCGAAUUACACCGGAACGCUUCAGUGUGUUUCAGCAGAGGCACAGAACAAACAAUGUUAUGGAGUCCUAUCAUCGGAGGCUCAAUAGUAAAGUGGUUAGGCAUCCAAAUGUAUGGGAUUUAAUAGAUACACUUAUCGAUUUGCAAGAAACAGCAAUUUUGGAGUUUGAGCAGUUGGAGAGAGGCAAAAAGGUAUUUAGAGUUGCCUCAAAAAAUACACUAUUUCACUCUCUAUUGAAACAAGCUUGGGACAAACUAGCAGAUGGCCGUUUUACUACCGAGGAUUUUAUGCGACAAGCGGUUUAUUUUACAGAAGGUCUGCAUAGUAAUCUUCAUUUUUGGGACCGUAAUACUGAUGAUACAACAAAUUUUUCAAACUUCUCAUCCAUUGAAAGUUCCCCCCCUGUGCAAAUCGUUACCCGACACGACCCACAACCGCUUAUACCUCUAUCAUCUACAUCCGCAUCCUCUUCUCAAAACUUAUUGUCUAUUAAACCCCAUUGUUCAAGCUGUUACCGGAAACAAACCACCACAACCCAGUAA